GUUAUCGAAUAUUGUAGUAAAUAGUCAUGGUAAAUAGUAAAUAGUAAUGUAGUCGUUGAAUCUUGAAUGACUAAAACUGCGAUGAUUAAUGAGUAAUGUGUUUAUUUUAUUAGCGUGUUAUACCAUUAAAUAAAUAUUAAUAUAAUAAUACUUAUCAGCUUUAAAAUUAAGAUAAGUCACGUUUUGGGCUGUCCGUUCAAGAUUAGUUACGAUUAUAUUCUUAUUUUACGGUAACGAUGUUGAUUCUGUGUACGUCAAACCAUUGACUACAACAGUGAAAUUUGUAGUCAACGGUUUACGAAAUUAUAUUGUGUUCGUUUGUAAGUUUAUGUACAGUUUUUUUUCCGAAACCUUGGUUAAAAUAAUGCCAUUGGUUAAUAUAACUUCAUAAUGUCCAAUUUAAAACUGGAACUCGAUGAGUAUCUUAACAAAGGUCAAAAAAAUAAAGCCUAUAAUGGGCACCAUGUACACAUCCCCAAGGUGUUUAAGAAACUCCUCAACAGCGAAUCGGGAGAACAAACAGAAAACCUGUUGGAUUCAACACAGACAACUUAUUUUAAUUUUCCACAAAUAAGUAAAACUCAAAGAAUAAUGGGAUUUGUUGUUUGUGUGUCAAUCAGUUGUUUGAUGUUUUCUCUAUCAGCAUUAUACUUACCCGUUCUUCUAAUAAAAGCUAGAAAGUUUGCAAUUUUAUAUGCUUCUGGAAGCAUUUUUGCUUUUGCCAGUGUGUCAUUCUUAACGGGUCCAUUGAAUCACUACAAGUAUGUGACGUCUAAAGAGAAGCUUCCUUUCAUGUUUGGCUACAUGACGACUCUUUUGAGUACAAUAUAUUUUUCACUGUGGAUGAAAAGUACUCCAUUUACUUUACUAUCAUUAACUGUUCAUCUAAUACUUAUUUUUUGGUUUUUAUUAAACUCCAUACCAUUUGGUCAAAAAGGUUUAUCAUUUUUUGGACGUAUAUGUUCAUCUAUGGUGAGAAAUAAAGUGUCAAAUUCAUUACCUGUUUAAAAAUAUUCAACCUAUUACUAUAUAUUGUUAUUAUUGUGUUUUUAUUUGUAUUGAUAUGUUGUUU